UGGUUGCAAAUGACACUCAAAAGAUUUGGCUGAGUCAAAAUUUAAAAAAAUUUCGGGUUUAUCAUUGGAUUAAAGCAACUGGGUUGAUUAAUUUGGGGGCAAACAUUGAAUCUAUGAUACCAUUUUCAAGCUUUAAAGCCGAUAUGGCUUCUUAUCUUCUAGAAGGCGUGCAUGGGGUUUAAUAUCUUUUGGAGGCGGGAAAUUUCAUAAGUAUGGAUAUAGGAGAAGAUAGCUCCAGGUUUGGGUCACUGCCCAUCACAACUUCAAGGAAUAUGUCAUCAUCAUCUUCAGCGUUCUUUUCAGCAAAUCAGUCUCCCUUUUUCUCUCCAAGAUCACCAACGUGUCAACUAUCAGAAUCAACACGUUCCGAUGCUCAAUGUGAUAGCAGACUUUUAAGUGCUGAUCCUUUUAGUUCCAGUUCAGGCAUUCCAGAUCUAGAAUCUCUAGCAAAUGUCAGAUUUAACUUGUCAGAUAUUUCAGCGGCCCCUGCUGCAUGUGCUUUAAAUGAUUUCCAGAACUUUGAUCGUGUAUCUACCUCAACCGGCAUCUCUAACAGCAAUUUUUCUAGUUAUGGCAUUACCCAAGAUUAUGAUUAUUCUGCGCUAAGAGAGAAACAUAGAAAGCAUGGGAGAAGCUACGGAAUGUCCUAUAAUCCAGUGUCAGUGUCACUUAACUGUAACAGACUGAGAAGUUGUGAUGUCUUCAUAGGCGUGCAUGGUCGCAAGCCCUCCUUACUGAGGUUUGCUAAUUGGCUCCUUGCAGAAUUGGAGAUUCAAGGGAUUAGUUGCUUUGUAUCUGAUAGAGCACGAUGUAGAAAUUCUCGUAAACAUGGAAUUGUUGAGAGAGCAAUGGAUGUUUCUUCUUUUGGGGUUGUGAUCCUCACAAGAAAGUCUUUUAAAAAUCCAUAUAGCAUUGAGGAGCUUCGUUUCUUUUCCAGCAAGAAGAAUUUAGUUCCGAUAUUCUUUGAUUUAAGUCCAGGUGAUUGCCUUGUCAGGGAUAUAGUUGAGAAGAGGGGAGAACUGUGGGAAAAACAUGGGGGUGAGAUAUGGGUUCUCUAUGGAGGAUUGGAGAAGGAAUGGAGGGAAGCUGUUAAUGGCCUCUCUCGGGUUGACGAAUGGAAAUUGGAAGCUCAGGAAGGUAAUUGGAGAGAUUGCAUAUUGAGGGCUGUCACACUAUUGGCUACAAAGUUAGGAAGGAGAAGUGUUGUUGAGCGGUUGACCAAAUGGAGAGAAAAGUUGGAUAAAGAGGAGUUUCCUUUCCCUCGAAAUGAGAAUUUUAUUGGCAGGAAGAAAGAAUUAUCAGAGUUAGAAUUUAUACUUUUUGGUGAUGUUAGUGGAGACACAGAAAGAGAUUAUUUUGAGCUUAAGGCUAGACCCAAGAGAAAGAAUUUUAUGAUUGGUUGGAGUAAGAACAGUUCACUGGAGGAAAGACGCAGGGAACGGCAAAGGGAGAGUGGCAGCAAGAAAGGUAAAGAACCAGUGGUAUGGAAGGAGUCAGAAAAGGAGAUUGAGAUGCAAAGCACUGACGUUCCUGAAAAACCAAGGGCUAAAAGUGGUGGACGAUAUUCAAGGAGAAAAAGAUCAUCAAAGAUUGUGUAUGGAAAGGGUAUUGCUUGUGUAACAGGAGACUCUGGGAUUGGCAAGACUGAACUUCUUCUGGAAUUUGCCUAUAGAUUUCAGCAAAGAUACAAGAUGGUUCUAUGGAUAGGAGGCGAAAGCAGGUAUAUAAGACAGAAUUAUCUGAAUCUCUGGUCAUUUCUAGAAGUUGAUGUUGGGGUUGACAGUUGCUCAGAGAAAACCAGAAUAAAAAGCUUCGAAGAGCAGGAAGAGGCUGCCAUUUCUAGAGUUCGCAAAGAACUCAUGAGAAACAUACCAUUUUUAGUAAUCAUCGAUAACUUAGAGAGUGAAAAGGAUUGGUGGGAUCACAAACUUAUAAUGGAUCUGCUUCCUCGUUUUGGUGGAGAGACCCACAUUAUAAUAUCCACGCGCCUUUCUCGCGUGAUGAAUUUGGAACCUUUAAAACUCUCCUACUUGUCUGGGGUGGAAGCAAUGACUUUAAUGCAGGGAGGUGUCAAGGACUACCCUAUAGCAGAAGUUGAUGCCCUCAGGGUAAUUGAGGAGAAAGUUGGAAGGCUAACCAUGGGCCUAGCGAUUGUGGGUGCAAUUUUGUCUGAGCUACCCAUUAAUCCAAGCAGGCUCUUGGAUACCAUUAACAGAAUGCCCUUGAGGGACCUAUCAUGGAGUGGUAGAGAAGCUCAUUCGUUGAGGAGAAAUACUUUCCUACUACAACUCUUUGAGGUGUGUUUCUCAAUAUUUGAUCAUGCUGAUGGGCCAAGGAGCUUGGCAACCAGAAUGGUCCUAGCAAGUGGGUGGUUUGCACCAACUGCAAUUCCGGUAUCCCUAUUGUUCCUCGCUGCUCACAAAGUACCUGAGAAGUAUAAGGGAACCCGAAUUUGGAAACAGUUAUUAUGUUCCUUGAGUUGUGGACUAACUUCCUCAUAUACCAAGAGAUCAGAAGCUGAAGCAUCUUCUAUGUUGUUGAGAUUCAAUAUUGCAAGAAGUAGUACCAGGCAAGGUUACAUCCAUUUCAAUGAGCUUGUCAAGCUUUAUGCUCGCAAGAGAGCAGUUACUGGAGUUGCUCAUGCAGUGGUUCAAUCUGUCAUCAGUCGUGGUUCUAUAUUCCAUCAUUCGCCUCAUAUAUGGGCAGCAUGUUUCUUGGCAUUUGGAUUCGGAACUGAACAAAAAGCUGUUGAGCUCAAGGUGUCACAGUUGUUAUACUUGGUAAAAGAAUUGGUUUUGCCUCUUGCAAUCAGGACAUUCAUCACAUUAUCUCAGUGCACCGCUGCUUUGGAACUCCUACGUCUAUGCACAAAUGCCUUGGAGGCGGCAGAUCACGAAUUUGUUACCCCGGUUGAGAAGUUGAUAGACAAAUCACUUUGUUGGAGGCCAGUCAAGACUAAUGCACAGUUAAAUCCAUCUCUAUGGCAAGAGUUGGCACUAUCAAGAGCAACAGUGCUUGAAACUAGGGCGAAGCUAAUGCUAAGAGGAGGGCAAUUUGACAUAGGAGAUGAUCUAAUUAGGAAGGCAGUUUUUAUUAGAACUUCAAUUAGUGGUGAGGAUCAUCCAGACACAGUAGCUGCUCGAGAAACUCUAAGCAAACUCACCAGGCUUCUUGCAAAUGUUCAAAUUCAUACUACUUCACCAUAGAUUUUAUAUUUUAUUGUAAGCAUAAUUUACAUUAGAAUUAUACAGAGUUUACAAAUAAAGCUGAUGUAAACAAUUCAAUUUUAGAGCAAUUCUCAUACCAUUUUU